AUGGCUGACUCUUCAAAGCCUCUUCCCAGGCGUCCACACACUGCCUCGGGCAUUUCACAUUUACAAUAUCCGACGUUACCUCCCCUCAGUGGCUCGGUUGAGGAGUGGUUAUCCCGCUCGAGACCUAUCGAUAUGACGUCAACGCCUCCGGCAGACCAUCCACGACAAUCAUUAAGUGAGAGCUGGGCAACACUGAGUUUAUCAGAUAUACACUCCGAAGAUGGAGCUCCGUCUGAACAGACCGAUGCUGGAUCAUUAAUCGACCCAAGUGGUCCUGAUGAUGUGGCGAGCCUAGACGAACGAUAUAGCAGUAACGAUGAUAUGGAUGGAAACUACGAGGAGGGCCUAGAGAACGAAGGCUACGACUCCAGGAGUGAUGUAUCCGAGUCUCAAGAACUACAGCCCAUGUUUCCUCAGAUCGGAUGCUCCAUCGAUGACAGUUCUCUCACCGCUCAGACUGCCUUUCGCCAAUCCACCGAGUCUAUCGAAUUCAUCGAGCCUGACCAGUGGCCUGAGGCUGAGAGGGUACAGCUCAAGCACACCAUACGGUUGAUCGAUGGUUCCGAGAUUGCUGAGCUAGGAGAUAAUAUCUCCACCAAUUUGCAGGACUCGACUCUGAUGGCCACUCUCCAACAAACGAUAACAAAGAAAAGCAUCGACACCGAUAAACCUUUCCGCGUAGUGUAUGUCGGAAGUUCGGAAUUCCGUGGCAUCAUACUUGACAAGCUUGGUGAUGUCCUAGUGUCGAGCACGUCCAGUGGAUUCGAAAGCAGUUCAACUGAGUCUUCAAGAUAUCAUGUGGUUCCUACCUCGUUCGGCGCAGGCGCUGUUCCUAAUUUUGCGGAGCUUCUUCCAAUCCAUUUCCAACUAAUCGUUGAUGAAUGUCUCGAGGCCACGUCUGAGUCACAUAUUGACAGGCCUAGGACAAUUAACUUGAAGUUCAAGAAUCGAUCUGCAUGCACAUCUCUAUGGACAAGGACCGGAUAUGGUAUCUCAUCGUCCACUGAAUGGGCACUCCCAGAUAUGGCCAUUAUUUUCCUGUCUUCUCAGGACACCACAGCCGCCAUGAACACCCAGAAGUCUGCGCGAAUGUUCAUGGAACGACAUGGUGUACCAGCAAUGGUUAUUUCAGAGAAGCCUCUCUGGAAAAUGUCAAGGGAAUCAAUCCCCGUGAAUCACCACAGUCUUCACAUGUGCCUGGAAUCUCGCCAUAUACCUACUGGAAAGACCACGGUUCUGAAACGAUAUCCCAUUGAUCUGAGCACUUUUGAGAGCAUAACGCCCGGCCAGCUAAACAAAAACUUGGCGUCAUUGGCAAACAUUUACCCCAGGAAACAUCCCAAGUCUUGCCCAGGUGAUGUUCAGAAAGACUCGGCUUUGGAUGUCAAAGGCUUCACUCAAAAAAUACUACCUCUGCCGUACUUGAGUGAUGAUACCCAGUUGGCCUUUGUGUUGCGUGUCUUGAUGAUUACCGCCUUAUCCGCCGGAACACUCGCCCUGGGUCAUUUGGCCUUGAAGGCCGCCGCAUUCUUCAUUUCAAGCUUCUUCGCUCGGUCAGUAACCACUAGCCAGAUCUCCCCCAAUUCUAGCAUUCAUACUACCAGCAUCAUCCCAAUGGCGGAGGUGGAACAAACUUCUUUGUCAGCACUUUCGUCAACGACUCGCAGCGUCCAAGUUUUGGGGCACCAGCCUAACGGCUUAUCCCAACUUCAACAUCUGAUACGCGGGGCACCGUCGAGCAUCGAUUCAUCACAGCCGUCCGAGAAUUUUGAAAUCCAAGUAGUCGGCGACUGUCAUCUUGUCAUCAAACCCCCAAAUAAGUCACCGGGUUCAAGAAAGUCGCCAAAAUUCAAUGUCCAAGUCACCCGACGCAGCCAGCGGCUUCAGUAUGAACUUUCUAGACUCUUUGAUGGUGUUUACUCGCUCAAACUGGAUCGAGAAGAGGCGUAUGGUCCUGUCAACGUCACCAUAACCGCCGACUCAAAACCACCAGUUAAUCAAGUUGUGACGGUAGAUCUGGGAACACCUUGGCUAAAAGUUGCGAACUGGAAGCGUGCAGCUCAGGCCAUUACAUCGGAGCUUGUGCGGGACGUGGGCACAGCACAAAUGGGAUUAUCGGAAGUUUAUGGCCGAGCCUCUAAUGAACUCCAAGUACUCGUGGGGGACAUAGUGAAACGGACACAUUUUCUUCAACAGAAAGCGAGCCUCCUGCGCCGGGAUUCUCUCUCAGUGUCUUUCAAUACGCGAGACAUCGCUUUACCGACAUCCAAGCAACUUUCCGAAGUCUUUCAGCGCACUGCUGUGCAGCCCUUUCUAUCCGCAUCCUCUGUGCUGCAGUACCAAACCAAAAAGGUGAGCGAUGAAGCGAAACAGAUCGUGAGCAGUACAUGGGAAAGGAUCAACGCUUGUGCGCAUCGUCUGAGCCCAAAGAUUUGCGAGCACGUCCAAAAUGUGCGGAAGUCGAAGACCCUCGACAAAGCGCACAAGAGAGCAAGACGCCUGAUGAAAGGAAGUGCCUCAUAG